AUGUCUGACGUUGAGACGGAGCAGAAGCGUGAGGAAGAGCAGCGCCGCGAGGAAGAGCGGCGCCGCGAGGAAGACGAGCGGCUCGAUACCGCAGAAGAUGAGCGCCGCGGAGAAGAUGUUACCGAAGAGGAGGAGAUCUCAGCCAUGAGGCGCCGCGUGCAGGAGAUGGAGGAAGAAGCACAGAAGCUGCGCGAGAUGCAGCAGUCGCUCGACCACGAGCGGCACGAGAUGCGCGAGAGCAAGGAAGACGUCGAUUCGCGGAGUGUAUUCGUGGGCAACGUAGACUACGGGGCCAGCCCCGAGGAGAUCCAGGCACACUUCCAGAGCGUCGGCAGCAUUAAUCGUGUCACCAUCCUGCUCGACAAAUUCACAGGGCAUCCGAAAGGGUAUGCGUAUGUAGAGUUCACUGAACCUAAUCUGGUCAACGAGGCUCUUGUCCUCGACAACAGCCAGUUCCGUAACAGGAAUCUGAAGGUCGUUCCCAAACGAACCAACCUACCUGGAAUGACACGAGGCGGUCGAGGUGGUCCCAGAGGCGGUCGCGGAGGCUUCGGCGGCCGUGGUGUGCCAUACGGUGGUCGCGGUGGUGGCUACGGUGGUGGCGGCGGUGGCUUCGCCCCUCGAGGAGGUGCCUAUCGUGGUGGAUACCGCGGUGGCCGCGGAGGCUCUGCCUACCGUCCAUACUAA